ACGACCGAUUUUGACGUUUGCUGUCAAUGUUUGAGGUUAUGUUUUUAUUUACAAUUACAAUUUCACUGCAUCAAUAGCAAAGAUGUUUGAUUUCGCAGACUUUAUAGAUUUUGUGGAAUUUGCCAAAAGGCACAGAGAAGUGGGACCGAGGCGGUAUUUACGCGAUUAUUCUGAUCCUUUUCGAAAAUAUUCCACUCGAGAAUUCCAAGAGCGGUAUAGAUUCACACCGGAAUCUGUAAAAAGUGUUAUAUUGCCCUUGCUGGCGCCGGAUCUAAGGAAACCAACGAAAAGGGGACUACCAUUUGCCCCUGAAAUAAUGGUACUGCUAUCGUUACGGUACUACGCUACAGGCAGUUUACAGAAAUUGGACUUUGAUGUGAUGAAUAUCUGCCAGCAAUCAGUGUCACGAAUUAUAGCACAAGUGUCUUUGUUGAUAGCAAGCAAAAUGAAAGAUUUUGUUAAAUUACCGUCUACUGAGAAUGAAAUAAAUGCAGUAAAGCAAGCAAAAAUUUUAUGAAGUAGCUCAUUUUCCUGAAGUAAUAGGGUGUAUUGGUUGCACCCAUAUUAAAAUAAGAAGCCCAUCUUCAGAAGAAUACAGAAAUAGUAAAGGCUACUUUUCUAUCAAUGUGCAAGCAGUCACAGGACCGAACUUGGAAUUUUAUGAUCUAGUGGCCCGUUGGCCUGGCAGUACAGAUGACAGUUUUAUUUAUGAGAACAGUGGUAUUAAACAAAGAUUAAAUUCUGGUAAAUUAAAAGGGGUCAUUUUAGGGGACAGCGGGUAUGAAGUAAGUAGUGUUCUACUUACACCAUUUUUAUCACCCAAUUCAAUAGCACAAGAAAAUUAUAACAGAAGCCUCAUUGAAACACGAAAUACUGUGGAAAAGUGUUUCGGUGUUUGGAAAAAAAGAUUUCCUUGUCUUCAAGUGGGAAUGGGCAUGAAGGUGGAAACGGUUGUGGCUGUUAUAUGUGCAUGUGCAACACUGCACAAUAUUGCAUUAUCAGUGGAUGAUAUAAUGCCAAUGUACUGUGAAGACAUUAAUGUUCAGAAUGAUGCUGUUGCAACUGGAGAAAACACAAACAGCAAUGGUUGUGUUGUGCGACAAUCUUUGGUUGAUAGAUUUUUCUGUUAAUAAGGUACAAUCGUCAAACAUGGCCCAGUUAUUAAGAAAGACAUUGUGUUAAAUUGACAAUAACUAUUACUUUUUUUUAAUAUCUCGAUUUUUAAAUAAAUAUUAUAUUACAACA